AUGGCAAAAGAUAUUAUAGUAUCUAAUUCAGAAGCAAAAUUUAUACUAGAGACAUUAAAAAUAAAUCAAAGACUAGAUGGACGUAAAUUUACCGAUUUUAGAGAUGUGACUAUUACCUUUGGUAAAGAGUACGGUGAUGUAAUGGUCACUUUAGGUGACACUAAAGUUCACUGUCGUAUAAGUUGUGAGAUUACACAACCAUAUGAAGAUAGACCAUUUGAAGGGCUUUUUCUCAUAUCCACUGAAUCAACGCCAAUGGCUGGUGCACAAUUUGAAAAUGGGAAUAAUGUUGGUGAGGAUGAAGUGUUAAUAUCACGUAUCAUUGAAAAGGCAGUCAGGAGAUCCAGUGCAUUAGACAUUGAAGGCUUAUGUAUUAUUGCCGGUUCAAAAUGCUGGGCUGUAAGAGCAAAUGUACAUUUCUUGAACGGGGAUGGUGGAUUCAUUGAUGCUUCAUGUAUUGCCGUCAUGGCUGGCCUAAUGCAUUUUAAAAAACCCGAUAUUACAAUAGAUGGAAAUAACAUUAUUGUACAUCCAGUUGAAGAAAGAGAACCCGUGCCAUUGGGCAUAUUACAUGUUCCAAUCUGUGUCACGUUUUCAUUUUACAAUCCACAAGACACUGAAGCAAAUAUUAAAGGCGAAAACAAUUCAGAGAUCGUUAUAAUUGAUGCCACUUUAAAGGAAGAACUAAUGAGAGAUGGUGUUUUGACUGUCACACUAAAUAAAAAUAGAGAGGUUGUUCAAGUUUCAAAAGCUGGUGGCUUACCAAUGGAUGCAAUAACUUUAAUGGAUUGUUGUCAUAAAGCGUAUGGUAUCACCGAAAGGAUAACGGAUCAAAUUAUUAAUGCCAUCAAAGAAGAUUAUAAAACAAGAAAUAAAUAUGCCUCUAUAUUAAGUUCAGAAAAUGACAGAUACACAUAA